AUGAUAUCCUCUGGGUCUACAUGUCUUUUUUCCACCAUAAAUACCAAAGGCCACUCUAAUGAGUUGUGCAAGUUUGUUUUGAGCUUCAAAAGAGACGCACCUUCAUUUACAAGUACUAAAUUCAAGCAUCUUCCUUCAACUCCACAACAGCUUUCUUCCCCAAUCACCUCUGCUUGAACAGACACGCACAUAGAGAGAAAUUAAAGCAAAAGGAAAUUAUCGGCUUCUUAGCUUCUGCAGUUUGCCGCAUCUUUAUAAAUAUAAAGUUCAAAUAUACAGUGCAAUGAGGAUAUCAUUUUCUGCCUGCAAACAAGCACCGCCGCAGCCCCUAGUGAAUUUCCGCGGCGGAGUUGUGAGCAUGGACCCCUUCAUGCCAUGGCGGCGGAAGGACAAAGUCGUGAUUCUAAUGGGAGCAACCGGCACAGGAAAAUCAAGACUUUCAAUCGACCUAGCCACUUCUUUCCCAGCUGAGAUAAUCAAUUCGGAUAAAAUUCAAGUCUACGAAGGCUUAGAUAUUGUCACAAACAAGGUUACCGAAGAGGAAUGUCGAGGCGUGCCGCAUCAUUUGCUAGGAAUGAUCCGUUCUGACGCAGAUUUCACCGCCAAUGAUUUCCGACACCACGCCACCAUAGCGGUGGAAUCCAUCGUGAGCCGGGACCGCCUCCCCAUCAUAGCCGGUGGCUCCAAUUCAUUCAUAAAAGCUCUUGUAAACGACGAGUUUAAAUCGAGGUACGCGUGCUGUUUCCUAUGGGUUGACGUGUCAUUCCCGGUCCUACACUCGUACGUGUCUGACCGGGUUGAUAAAAUGAUCGAAUCCGGGUUAAUUGACGAGGUUCGGCAAUUUUUCAACCCGGAUUCGGAUGAUUAUACGCGAGGAGUGAGGCGCGCCAUCGGAUUGCCAGAAAUGGACGAGUUCCUGAGAGCCGAAGCUCGUGUAGAUGAUGAAACUAGAGAUGCUCUGCUUGAAAUGGCGAUCUAUAAAAUAAAAGGUAACACGUCUUUAUUGGCGCUGAAGCAAUUAAGAAAUAUUCGAAGGCUGCGAAAACAAAUGGAGUGGGACAUGCAUCGUUUGGAUGCGACCGAGGCUUUUUUAAAGAGUGGAUCGGAGUCGCACGAGGCGUGGGAAAGGCGAGUGGGAAGGCCGAGCAGAGGAAUUGUUGGUAAUUUUCUUUGUGAGGAAGAUUCUGCACUAUCGACUUCUUUUAUCAAAAUGAAGGCGUCGUCGCUCGUCGGAGCCGCUGCGGUUAGCACCGCAGUGGUUGCCGGCGCCGGUCGGUGAGAACAUAAUGGAAAAAAUCUUGUUGUGGUCGUGCGUAAGUUGGAAUAAAUUUUACUAGUUGACAGUAGAGUGGCACUUGGAGGUACAGUGUGAAAAUACUUGACUAUCGAGAGAGGAUAUUAGCUGUCAGGUAGUUAAAUGCCUUAACCUAAAACUCUCGUCCGUACAGGUAAAGAUCCAUCUGGUAGCUACUGUUUCAUGAGAAAAUGACGUGUGGACCGUAGAGCAUCAUCUUGGUACAUAGAGAGGGAGUGGAGUUUUUCUGGUUUAUUGGUGUGGCAUGCAUGUUAUUUUGACCAGGCUCGAUGUAAAUAUUAUUUUAUUACUGAGGAUGACAACUCUUUUAAUUGUUGCAUGUAUAUUUACGAUCUGUAUACAUCACAAUUAUGUGUAAAAAACAUGUACAUAAUGACAUGUGACGGAUUUUAAUUGGAUGGCCCCCCUGCA